AGGGUAACAAAUUCAAUUCAAUUCAAUUCAUCUCUGAAUCUGAUUAAAGAAAAGUGAUCAAAUGGAGACGAAGAAUCCACGCUUGAAUGUUGUGAUGCUCCCAUGGCUAGCCCAUGGCCAUGUCUCUCCUUACUUAGAGCUUGCCAAAAGACUUGCCGACAGAAACUUCCAAAUCUAUCUAUGUUCAACUCCCAUCAAUCUGAGCUCUAUCAAGAAAAGGGUCACCCAGAACUACUCUCAAUCGAUCAAACUCAUCGAAUUUCAUCUCCCAUCUCAACCAGACCUUCCCGAUCCCAAUUUCCACACCACAAAUGGCCUCCCACUUCACCUCAACAGAGCUCUCAAAAGAUCCAUGGACAUGGCCAGCCCAUCUGUCAUCGAAAUCAUUAAAACCCUCAAACCAGACAUACUCAUUUAUGACUACAACCAACAACAAGCCUUAAUCGAAGCCGCUUCCCUCGGAGUACCCAUUGUUCAGUUCUUCACCAUGAGCGCAGCCAUCCUCUGUAACUACCUCCGAGCAUUUCUGAAAUCGGACGUUGAAAUCCCUCAUUCUUCCACGAAUCAUCGGGCGAGUAAUUACUGGCAACGGAAAGGUCAAGAAAUGUUAAAACAAUAUACAAAUGAUCAAGGCCAAAGUAGAGAUAGUGUGCAGCUCACCCGUAAAGCUACUGACACAAUAUUGGUGAAGACAAUUGGAGAAAUGGAAGGGAAAUACAUCGAGCAUGGACCAAAACUGUUUGGCAUAAAGAUAGUCCCCACAGGUCCUCUGGUUCAAAAACCAGAAGAAGAUGGGGAAGAAGAAGAAGAACAUAACAGGGAGAUCAUGGAGUGGCUUAACAAGAAAGAGAAAUCAUCAACUGUUUUUGUGUCGUUUGGAACAGAGUACUUCCUGUCGAGAGAGGAAAGAGAGGAAAUAGCAAAAGGGUUGGAGCUAAGCAUGGUGAAUUUCAUUUGGGUACUUAGAUUUUCCUUUGAAGAUAAGAUUUCAAUUGAAGAAGCCCUACCCAAUGGCUUCCUUACUAGGGUAGGAGACAGAGGACUUGUAGUUGAGAAAUGGGCUCCGCAAGCAAGGAUCUUGGGGCACCCAAAUGUUGGAGGAUUUGUAAGCCAUUGUGGGUGGGGUUCUACAAUGGAGGCUAUGUCAUUCGGAAUCCCAAUUGUGGCUAUACCCAUGAACUUAGACCAACCGGGGAAUGCGAGGCUUGUGGUGGAAAUGGACGUGGGGUUGGAAGUGAAUAGAGAUGAUAAUGGAGGGCUUAGCGGGGAAGAGAUUGCAGAGUUCAUAAAGGAAGUGAUGGUUGGUGAUGAAGAUGGGAAGAAGAUAAGGGAUAAAGUUGGAGAAAUGAAAGACAAAAUCAAAAGUAAAGGAGAAGAAGACAUUGAUGGUGUUGUGGAAGAAUUGAUUAGGCUUCAUAAUAAGAAUAUUGCUGGAGAAAGCAAAUGUUUUGCUAAUUAAUUAUGUCAUUUUAAAUGGACAAAUAAGUUGCUUUAUUAUUUAUGGUAUGAAUAAUAGGUCAAUGCUUGAAUAAUAUUAUUGACUAAUUUAAGACUGUUCAUUCUAUUAUUAUUGAUAUAGUAAUGAAUAAUUCAUAUUUGGAUUCA